AGAUAUACGGUAGCUUCAAGUCGUAAUACACACAAACAUUCAAAGGUUGUCAGAACCUUCAUGGAAUAAGUACCAAUCCUAACGUCAUUAUUUGAUUAUCACAGGACUAGACCAGGAUAUAGCAGCCUGGCAUCUGUGAUCACUACUCAGGCAGGACAAUGCAGUGAAAGGAACAGCACUACUCCAGCACAGGCCGAUCUGCAUCACAAGCACCAUCCCAUUCAGCCUGCCAUUGUCUUCAGUGUGACAGGAUCUAUCAGCUGCAUACCUGCCAUUGACUGUUCCCCUACCAUUCAGCCGGUGACAUACACUGUACAAGACUGUUCACACAACACCCCCUACCAUUCAGUCUGUGAACUUCGCUCUGUCAGUCUGUGCAGACAGCUAUACCUUUGACACAACUAUACUACUGACAUAGCUGUACCAUUGAGACAGCUAUACCAUUGACAGAGCUGUCAAGACAGCUAUACCAUUAAGACCGAUAUAAAGAUCGCUAUACCACCAAGACAGCUAUACCAUUGACGUAGCUAUACCAUCGAGACAGCUAUACCAUUAAGGCAGCUAUGAAGACAGCUAUACCAUCGUGACAACUGUACCAUUGACAGGUUUACCGUCAAGACAGCUGCACCUUGAGACACCUCUACCAUCCAUACCGUACAACACUGUGGAGACUGCACACUAUUCAGACUGUGCCACACUGGAGACGACAGUACAUAGACUGUGCCAUAUUGUGGAGACUGUUACACUAUAGAGAGUGUUGUACCACUGACGGGGACGGAGCUACAGAACUGAGACCGUGGAAGUGUCGGCCUGUCAUUGACUGUUACUGAGAGGCGACUCUCUCCUUCCCUGUGAUUUCCUACAAUAGUACCUGAUUCUCCGGUGUGUACAGACAUGGAGGGACACACUCGACACUCACUACUGCUUGGUGUUCUCCUGGCGGCAUCAGCCCUCCACCUCUCCAGGGGUGGUCUCAAUGACAUCCUCACCUCUUGUUGUGUGGAGGGGGUUAAAUGGGCGGUGGAUGGCGGCAGGUGCAACAGCUUCAGUGCCUUCCUCAAUGUGUCCGCGGAGGACCGGCAGAGUUGUAUGGCCAUUGUGGAGGUGUGCUGCAUGAAGGAGGUCCAUGUACAGAAGUGUGCCGAGGGCAAGCAGACAGCCCUGGAUCAGCAGAUCUGUGCCAUCAGGGACAUCGAGCCCGGCAGGGAGCAGUUCAUGGAGUGUUGUCACUGCUGUCAGCUUGGUCUGACGGCUCGCAAGUCCAGUCUGUCCUGUCAGAGCACGGCAUACGGGAACCCAUGUGACAUCAAGUUCAUGGAGUGCUGCACGGGACGUGAGGUGGCACAGAACCAAACAUCAGGGGACAUCGGGCCUGGUAUUCCAGGUAACGGGAUCGGAGACCAAGGGGAAGAUGACAAGGAUGAGUGUGCACUGUUCCCCAAUAAGCUGUGUUCCCAGCGUUGUGUGAACACUCCUGGCAGUUUCCGCUGUGAGUGUAGUGAGGGCUACAUACUGGACGCUGAUGGCCGCACAUGUAGACUGAAGGAUGUCCAAGAGGCCUACAACUGUGGGGAGAACAACCCCUGCGAACACCAGUGUGAUGAAGAUGCUAGUGGUGUCAUGUGCAGCUGCAUGGAUGGCUACCAGCUGAAUGACGACCAGACCACAUGCUCAGAUAUUGAUGAAUGUGCCCUUGGCUAUGCGAGAUGUGGUCGACAUGAGGAAUGCAUCAAUGUGAUGGGGCGCUACACGUGCUCCCCCUCCACGUGUCCCCCGGGCUACACCAAGAACCCAACUACUGGUGUCUGUGAACAGAAGAUGGAGUGUGCCCCUGGCUACGGCUUCAACAGCAUCUCUGCAAGAUGCGAAGACAUUGACGAGUGUACAAUCUACCAGCACUCUUGUUACGGAGACAACCAGAUCUGUGUGAACCUGAACGGGUCGUACAAGUGCGACUGUGUGGAGGGCUACCACUACAACAUCACCCAGGGAGAGUGCCUCGACAUCAAUGAGUGUGCGACAGGGGCCUACCACUGUCAGUCAGGGGAGAGGUGUGAGAACAAGGUGGGGUCCUACAUGUGUCGAAGAAUCUAUUCCUGUGGAACAGGCUACACUCUCGACACAGAGAGCCAGAGAUGUGUUGACACUGACGAGUGCACCCUGAAAAUCGACAACUGUGGGGGCGGCUAUGAAUGUCAGAACACCAACGGUUCCUUCAGGUGUGUGCCCAAGACGUGCCCUGAGGGGUCCCGCUUCAAUCCUGCUCGGGGAGCAUGUGAGAGGAUCUCGUGUCGGAGGGGCUUUAGGCCAGGGCCUAAUGGCAACUGUGUCGACGUCAACGAGUGCAGGGAAUACUCCAACAUCUGUGGAAACUUCCAGCAGUGCAUGAACACUGUCGGUUCCUAUACCUGUCGGAGCACUCUCAACUGCCCUCCUGGGUUUGAACCUGCUGAUGGUGGCCGAUGUGUAGACAUUGAUGAGUGCGAUAAAGGAAGUGACCGGUGUGGGUCGGACCAACAGUGUGUCAACAGACAGGGCAGUUACUUCUGUCAGUGCCCCCGCGGAUACCGCACCAGUGCCGGCGGCAGGUGCACCGAUGUGGACGAGUGUGCGUACGGUGCGGCGAUCUGCCCCUCCAACUCCCGGUGCGCCAACACACCCGGCAGCUACACCUGCCAGUGCAAGGAGGGUCUACAGGGCGACGGUCAGGGAAGCUGUUCAGACAUCGAUGAGUGUCAGACCCCCAACAUCUGCCACCACAGCUGCGUGAACGUCAUCGGCUCCUACUUCUGCUCCUGUAAUCGUGGCUUCCAGUUGGCCGAGGACAAGAGACUGUGUGAAGACAUCAAUGAGUGUACUCAGUUUGGGGGGCGUGGUGGUCGUGGAGGUAUCCGCGGUGGCGUAUGUGGAGGUCGCUGUAUCAAUCUCCAGGGGUCGUACCGAUGUGAGUGUCCCGAGGGAUGGAGGGUCAAAGGUGAUGGGAGGUCAUGUGAAGACAUCGACGAAUGUAAGACUGGUGCUGCUACAUGUCGCAAUAGAGAUGAGUUUUGCGUCAACGUCCGCGGGGGCUUCAAGUGUCCACUGGUGCGAUGUCCAGACGGGUUUGUCAAGAUUCCAUCAGGCGGACGACAAAACAGUUUCCGCUGCAAGAAGAGGUCCAAGACUUGCCGCCGAUGUCUGGAGGGGCUCCUCUCUCUGUCCUACAACUUCCUCACCUUCCCCACCAACGUCAUCAUCCCCGCAGCCCUCUUCUCCAUGACCGGCGCCAACGACCAGGAGAAGUUCUACGCCUGGGAACUGACCAUCGUGUCAGCUGAGCCCCGCCAGAGUGGCGUACCCAAAGCCACGGAUGCAUAUUUCUCGCUUGAGGAAAGCUCAAACCAAGCAGUGGUCAGCCUUAUUCAACGGAUACAAGGUCCACAAGAUGUCGUGCUUCAGCUCCGAAUGAGGAUCAACGACCUUACCAAGGGGUUUGAAGGUUACGCUGAAUCACGUCUGCAUUUGUUUAUCACGGACGACAAUGUGGCUUAACUUGCUGUUUAUUCUACUAUAUGAAACAAUCAGUAUUACUACUCCAGUGAGUGUGAUGUCAGAACCAGGUCUUCAGGAAUAUUUGUUUGCCUUUUAACCAGAGAUAUACAGGUCAUUUGAUCAUGAGGAAACAGAUUUGUACAGAAUGGGUUUAUUGGGGGACAUUUCAGAACAUGACAUAUUUCUUUUAGAGUAAAAAUUAUUAAUUUUUUAGAUACUGUUUGAGUGAAAGUUAGAUCAUUUAAAACCUCUAAGUGUUAGUAGUUUUAUUUUAGCUUAUAAACAAGUACUUUGAGGAAAGAAGGCAACUAGCAUAAUAAUCAUAUUCUCAUGUUGAAUUUCACUGUAUAUUUGUAAUCUUUGUAACCUCUGCAACUUCGCAUUCUGAUUAAAAAAUUAAUACAAUUAAUUCAAAAUAUUUAAAUAGAUGUAAGGAUAAAAAAAUUCAAAGCAUUUUGUAAUGUCUAGGCAGAUAUUAUGUCUAACAAAAAAACUUUAAGGUGCUUUCCUCAGCUUCAUGUAUUGAGCUGACAACUCCUUUCAUGCUGAUAUAACUGUUCCCUGAAACCAUUUUCAAUAAAUAAAGCCAUGGUUACUGUUGAAUUAUUUACCAGUAUUUAAUUAUAUAUACAAGGUCAAGAGAAUCCCUGGAAAAAAUGCUUUCCUCUAUGAUAACAAAAAGGGAUUUUCAAAAUAUAUUGUUUGAAAUGUUUGAAAAAUGUGUGCAGAUUGUUGGCUAAAGGUCAGCUACAGCUGUCUAAGUAUCAGAGGUUAGUACAGUUGUACAACAAACAUUCCCAGUACCAGCAUUCCGUUGACCAGGACACCAAUUAUCAGGAUUUGUGUAGAUAUAUGGAUGCUGACAGCUGUGUUCUGACGCACUGCACAGCGUGGUACUGUCCCAGACUUAAUGUCUGUAGUCAUAUAUCCUAUAGGCAUGACAGUUGUUGUCAGUUUUUAAAUGAUAUAUGGUCCACACAAUGAAUCUUUCAUGUUACGAGAAUACUUUUUUUUUUCUUGGUUCAUUUAUUUUUUUGUGAAGAAAAUUAUUAUCUGUAUCAGAGACCAUAUACCGAUAUGUGGUCUCUGUCUAUGUCAGUGAAAAAAGAAAGAGAACAAAAAAAACAUUUCAGAUUUUUCUAUUUUGUUUGUAAAAAUUGUAUCUGAAUUUGAUGCCAGGCAACCAAUGUGGGCUUGAAUCCCCAACCUUGCAGUUUACUCUGUUGUAUGCAUAUAUAUAACUAAGUUUUCACGUUUAAUUGUUUUGGUGUGGGUGGAAUCGACAGACCAAUUAAAGAAAUAAACAGUCUAGACUAACAUUUGCAUAUCAUUUUUCAUUGUGCAUGUAUAGGAAUCAUUAAUGCAAUUCAUCCGGUGAAAAAUAUUUUUGAAUCAGUAAAGCACAAUUUUGAACUAAUUUGGGAAAAUUUGAUAAUCAUGUAUCAUAUUCUUCAAUAAACUAUUUAUAUAUU